AUGCCCAAACCCUCAACCUUUGGCCGCACCACGAAGACGGUUGGCCGCAUGCCAGUCAUCUCGGAAGACGGAUCUACCACGGCCGUCACACGCCCAUCGCCCACGGCACUCGCUCCUCCUCCGCCAUUUCGGAGCACAGCACCGAGAUCCUACGGCCGCUCUCCCACAGGACGACCCAUCUACCCGCAUCCGUCUUACCCCCCUCCGGCCUACUCCCGCAGCCCAUGUCGAGAUAGUAUCCGGAACGCCCUCGGCACACGUAGCAGCCUCAGCACACGCAGUACAAACAGCCUACGCAGCGUCAGCAGUAUCGAUAGCAAUGGAAGCAUCUUGAACUCGGGCAUGUCGACUCCCAAAAGCUCCUACAACGAGAACGCCGGGCUUCUGCCCAGCACGACGCGGGCGGGCCAAGACGCGCUCGGAGAAAAGAGAAGAGGCUCGAAGUGGGUUGCCCGCCGUAGAAGCUGGUACCGGCUGAUCAUCCUCGCCGUCAUUGUCAUUGGCCUCACUGUGGGCUUAUCAGUCGGUCUCACACUUUGGAAUCGCCAGUCACAACCCGUAGUGACCGCUGGCGCGUCAAACGACACAAAUCUCUUCCCCGCUGGCUCCUUCGCCUUCAACACUGCCCUCCUGGACGCCGAGACGGGCUGCACCUCUGACUCUUCGACCUGGCGCUGCUUCCCCGACCGGACCUACUCGCAAUCCCCCAACGCCUCCGUCGCGACCUUCUUCUGGACGAUAUCCCGGCCGAACUCGUACACCUACCAAAUCUCGUCAUCACCGUCGUCGAAUCCCUAUUCCCCUCAGUUUUCGGGGGAGACGAUGACGCUGGUGGGGGGCGACUCGCUCGACGAGCGUCUUGUCUUCAACUUCUCCCUCCCCAAGACCGUGGCCCUCACGGACGCUCUCGCGCAAGGCGGCCACGCAGCGAUGUGUGCUUUCCCGGACACGGCGUUCCGCGCGACGUUGUGGACGAGGCGGAACGCUACGACGGCACUCGCGCAGUCCGGGGGGACGACGGCGACGGCGGACAGCGCCGACGGCAAUGCCAGGUGGAGGGUGUGGCCUGGCCAGAUAGAGAUCGAGCAGGUCAAGACGGGAGGGCCGGAUUGCAAGGACCCCGCGGGAAAAGCGGAGAAGCGGAGGAGGCGGCGGGCAUGUGAUAGGAGAUAG